AUGUCCAUCAAAGCAUUUCUUGAGCAAAUAAAGCCCUUGGCGGGCCGUUCCCAAAUCCUCCGGUUUGUAACCGGUAAUCAGCUGGCUGAUAUGGAUUCUGUGGUUAGUGCCAUUGUAUAUGCUUUCUUCUACAACAAGCAAUAUCCCGAUCACCAGCCAUACUUGCCUCUUGUCAACAUUCCCCGUGACGAAUUGAGGCUAAGACGUGAUAUUGAGCUUUUGCUUAACUCUCAUGGUAUUGAAGACAAGCAUUUGUAUUUCUUAGAGGACCUCAAGGCGUACCUGGAUGGUAAUUCGAAGAAGGUCGACCUCAUUCUUGUGGACCACUGCAACUUGCAGGGUGAGGAAUUGAUACACUUAUACAAAGCCGGACGAAUUGACGUCAAGGCCAUCAUUGAUCACCACGCUGAUGAGGAUGCCUUCCAUCAGGCUGAUCCCAGGAUCAUUCACUCAAAUGGGUCUUGCUCGCUGAUGGUGUUUAACUACUGGUCUGAGAAGCAGCCAGAGCUGGUUCUGAACGAGGCUGUCAGGCUCCUUUUGGGUCCCCUCCUUAUUGAUACCACCAAUAUGUCUCAUAAAGUAGAAGGUGACGAUGAGAAGGCGUUUGCGGCGUACAAGAAGCUGCUUCUGGGUGAUAUUCAGGCCUUUGAUGCUGCUAACUCUCCAAUUGACGCGUUGUUUAAGCAGCUCAAGAAAGCCAAGAAGGAUUUGGAUGGGUACUCCUUCUAUGACAUUUUGCGUAAGGAUUAUAAGCAGUUUACUUUCACUAAUCACGGCGAAUCUGUCAAUGUGGGCUUCAGCUCCUUGGCCAAAUCGAUCAAGUGGAUCACCACCAAAUACACAGCCGAUGAAAUUGUCAAAACAUUGGAUGACAUUGAGAGUAAAUUUGGGCUUGACAUUGUUAUCAUUACCACGUCGUACACGAAGAAAGAGAACGACGAAUACACCAGAGAGUUCGCCUUUAGCACCAAGCAGAGUAAAUUUCAGAGCUUACCCAAGUUCGCUGACUCAUUGGAGCUCAAUGGCGAUGUCUAUGGCGGCGAUGCCGUUACCCAAGAGAUCGAUAAUGUCAAUAAGCAACGAAGCAAGUUGUGCCGGCCGUGA